UCUUGUCUUCUUGAUUGUUUCUUUCUCUCUCGAUUCUUCUUCUUCACUUUCUCUUCACCCUCUUCAUCGUCUCAGUUUCAUGUUAGUGUUUCUAUCCGGGUCAAGGUUUCGAUUUCAUGUUAGAGUUUCCAUUCGGGUUUUGGUUCUGUGUUUUGUAUAUUAGUGUUUCAGUGUUUACGUUAGUGUUUCCAUUAGGGUCUUAUAAACAUUAACUAUCAUAUUACGUGAAGUGUUCCAACAACAAUGUAUAUACUUUUAUGUGGCACAAAAUUGUGGAAGAGAGUUCCAUAAUUACCACUGAGACAUUAUUAGUGAAGUGGGACACCACGUGAAAUUAAUUUCAUAGGGACACCCAAGAAAAUUUAGAUUUGAUCUGAGGAAGUUGUUAACCAGACACUACUUAUGUGAAUUAUAUUCAUUUUCAAUUCCAUUGAACUCUUCAAUUUGCCUAAAAAUAUAUUUAUGACAAACUUAAAUAUAGAUUUUCCUUUUCUAAAAUUUGAGAUAUCAAGCUAGCAGCUAGUCAGCAACUCUUAAUACCCUGUUUCCUCAUGUUUUCCUUCAGGGUAAACAAACUAACAAAAAUCCGUAAAACAAAUCUGUAUAUACUGUAAUAUUUUAAACUUUAUAAUAGUAAUAAAACAAAAAUAAAAAUAAUAAUGAAAAAGCCUUUCUCUCCACUAUAAAUGUACGUUUUCGCUUUCUCUCUUGUCACAACAAACUCUUUUCUGUUUCUUCUUACGUCACAUCGGAUCUACACCAAAAAAAAAAACUAAUUUCUCCUGAAUCUCUCAAAUUUUCUUUUCCCUUCGGGAUAAAUGGAGAAUCUUUCUCAAGUCCUCCCUCGUGUCCUCGUGGUCUCUAGACGCACCGUUCGUAAAAACAAAUUCGUCGACUUCGUUGGUGAAUAUCAUCUUGAUCUGAUAGUUCGUUAUGGAUGUGUACCAGUGAUUGUUCCACGAGUCACUGGUGUUCACAUGUUGCUCGAGAGCUUCAAGCCAAUCCAUGGAGUUCUUCUUUGUGAAGGAGAAGAUAUUGAUCCUUCUCUUUAUGAAUCUGAAAUCUCUUCUCUUUCACCGGAAGAGCUUCAAGAGAUUAGAGAAACACAUGCGAGUGAUACAUCCAUUGACAAAGAGAAAGAUUCCAUUGAGUUAGCUCUUGCUAAGCUCUGUCUCGAACAGAACAUUCCUUACUUAGGAAUUUGCAGAGGAUCACAAAUUUUGAAUGUUGCAUGUGGUGGGACUCUUUAUCUUGAUUUAGAGAAAGAGCUUACGAAUAAAUUACCGGAAGAACGUAGAACGAAGCAUAUAGAUUAUGAUAAUUAUGAUGAGCAUAGACAUGUUGUGAGGAUUGUUGAGAACAGUCCACUUCAUUCUUGGUUUAAAGAUUCGUUGGAUGGAGAAAAUAUGGAGAUUUUGGUUAAUAGUUACCAUCAUCAAGGUGUCAAGAGGUUGGCACAGAGGUUUGUGCCAAUGGCGUUCGCUUCUGAUGGAUUGAUGGAAGGUUUCUACGAUCCGGAUACGUAUAAUCCGGAAGAAGGGAAGUUUAUAAUGGGUUUGCAGUUUCAUCCUGAAAGAAUGAGAUCAAAUGAUCUUGACGAGUUUGAUUAUCCUGGUUGUCCUGCUGCAUAUCAGGAAUUUGCAAAGGCAGUGAUUGCGUAUCAGAAGAAGUUGAAUAGCUCAAUGUCUGUUCCAAAGACGUUGGUGCUUAACGGAGAAAUGGAGAGUAAGAGAAAGAUUCUUGUUCGAUGUUUCUCACUUGCGAGGUAUAUGUAUAUUAAGGGAGCAACUGGGAAGAACCCUUCAAAAGUAUCAGAGCUCGAAGUUGGCGCCGAGUUUCUUGAGGACUAUGCAUUUCAGUGGGGGUUAGAUAAUGACUAUGGUUGUUGUGAUGAGCCAAAGGGAUCCCGGACGGGCCAGCUCGUUUUAUACCGCAAUUCCAAACACUUUAACUGGUUAUGAUUUUGGCGUUUGACACAAACGUGCAUGUGGGCAAAAAAAAAUAAAUAAAGCAGAAGUCCAGGAGGGCCUUUGUCCCACCUAAACAGGAGAGAGCUGAUCAUCAGUGCCCAGGGCCUUUGUCCCACCUCAAAAACUCUUUCUUUCUUGACAAUUUUUUGUUAACAAAGUAAGGAUUUUUCUCCCUUUACUGAGUUAAAUAAUGUUUUGGCAUAUGGUGUGGGCUGUGGCAGUCAAACACGGCGCUAAGCACAGAGCAAGAGACGAGGCUGAAGGAGAUGGGAGCGACGGUGAGGAACGGAGGAUCAUAUAUGAAAAAGUUGAAAGUAGACGAGGAGAAGCGGAGGAUAAUAAGGAACAUGAUGAACAAGAUGAACAUAGAGCAACUCUCAGAGCUUAUGGCCUUUUAUCAUUUGAUUGGGAAUAUCUGUGGAGAAGUCUUGGAGCAAAGGCUUCGUGGUAAUGUUAAUGAAGG